GGUGAUUCUCCUGCAAAUCUAUCAUAAUUAUCGGACACAAACGAGAAUGGGGAAUAUUAUUAAAAAAGCUAAUCUUAAAAGAGGAAUUAUUCUCUUAAAAAUACACAAAAAUCCAUGUAAUUUUUCGAAACAGUAAAGCGAUAAAAAAAAAAUGCAUUUUUCUAACAAUAAUAAUCAUCAGAAGCAAAAGCAGUUGCGUAAUAAGAUUAUAAUCUAUAAUAAUAAUCGAUAUAUACCAUUCGUAGUUAAUAAUUAAUGAAUGAAGUGCUUCAAAAUGGUUAUUUUGAAAAACCUGUUAAUCAUAAGAAUUUAUUUUCAGAUGAAGAAAUGGCUCUUUUUGAAAAAUAACAUAGUAAAAAGUACGACUCAGUUAUCCAAAGGGAAUAAAAAAUGCAUGCAGAACGUCUUUAUAAUGAUUCAAAACAUUUAAAGGAAAAAAAAGAAUAUUUGAGGGAAAUCUAUAAUUAAGAUUAGUAAAAAAAAUGCCCUUUUUUUCCUUAACUAAUAAGCUCAGGAUAUAUAAAAAUCCGAGAAGAAAAUUUUUAUGAACACUAAAAAAAAAGACAACUUUUCCAUGAGAAAAAUAUAGAAAAUCUAAAAAAAGAAAGAGUAGAAGAAGCUGAAUAACAAAUGUAAAAUAAGCCAAAUUUAAACCAAAAAUCAUAAAAAUUAGCUUCUUAAAUCCUUGAAAAGAAAGGACUUCCUACAAACGUAGUAAAAAGACUUUAUUAAGAAAAAGAAGUUAAACCUUGUGAAUAUAAACCUGAAAACUAUUUAUUUAGACCUUAAAUUUCUGAACAUAAUUUCUCCACUUAAAGACCUGAGAAAAUUUAAGAAUUUCUUUAUCAAGAUGCCUAAAGAAGAGCAAAAGAAAAAAAUAAAAAAACAGAAGAAAAUUAAGAGCUUCCUGAAAAAGGGGCUGGAAGUCAAUAAAAUGUUCAAGAUAAAUAUCAUGAUUUAAUAAUGUCAAAAUUUGAUAAAUAAUUCAAAAAAGCAGUAUAAUCACUUGCUUUAUCUACAAAUCCAAACCGAACAGUAAUUCCAGACACAUUAACUUAUUUAGAAAUGGUAGCUUUAAUGCAAAAUAUGUGCUUUCUUGAAAAAAAUGAGCAGAAUAAUUAAUAGCAAUUAACAAUUUAAGUUUAAAAGGUAUGGAAUUAAUUAUCUUAAUAAAAGAAGAAUAUCAUUCUAGUAAGAAAUUUAGAAGUUUUUUUAUUUGCAGUCUAGAAAAUAAAUUGUAAAGAAGAUUUUUUACCUUUUUUAACAUCAGAAUAAGUAAGAUUUAUGCAUAAUUUAAAAGUUGAUUUUUAAGAAAUAUAUUAUUCUUCAUAAAAUCCAAUUGGAUAAUUUGAUGAAAAUGAUAAUUUGUACUAUAGUGAUGAAUAAGUAUAAUAAAUACAUAAGCUAUUUAAAAAUUUAUAUGAUAAUAGACUAGUUUAUUUGAAUAGUAAUUAAAGAACUUAUAAGCAUUAACCUUAAUAAUAUACAUUUAAUCCUGAAAUUUCAGAUGUUUCAAGAGGCUUGGCAGAAGAGAAGAAAUAAAAAAUUAUUGAAUAAAUGAAAUAAGUUAAUAAUUUAAAUGAUUUUGAUAUAAAUUAAAAACUUAUUUAUUAAAAAUAACUCACAAAUAAUGAAAUAGCAUAAAAAAAAAAUAUUUUAAAUUAAUUAGAACUCUCUUAAUGUACUUUUCAUCCUACUAUUAAAGACUUCACUAAUGUACAAAAUCUUUACUAAUCUGGUGAUAAAAAAUUAAGUACUACUAUUAAAUCUUUAGGAGCUCAUAGAACAAUAGAAUUAUUCUCAUUAUCAAAACCAAGAAAUUAAAGAAGGGAUAGAAACAAAGAUGAUGUUGAAUAUGAAAAGGAAUGUGAUGAAUGUACUUUUUCUCCAGACAUAAAAAGAUUUUAAAAAAAUAAUUAUUCUUCUUAUUCUUAGUGGGACUUAGAAAAACUUAUGUUAAUCUUUAAAAAAGAAGGUAAUAAUUAAUCUUUAGAUACAGAUGAAAGGGUACCUUUGCUGUUUGUAGAUGUUAAUAUUGAAGAUGGUAAAACUGCUAGAAUAGUUGUCUAUGAAGGAGAGAAGUCAGAAGAUUUAGCUAAUAAAUUUGCUAAAGAACAUAAUCUUGAUCCUCAAAUGAUAGGAAGGUUAAAAGAUUUAUUAGAUUAAUAAAUAAAUAGUCUUUUAACGAAAAUAGAUGAAGAAUAAGGAAGUGAAAAAGAUGAUGAUGAUUAUGAUGAGAUGGGAAAUAGAAUUCAUAGAAGAUAAAAUUAAAAUAAUAGAAUGAAUGAUUUAUAUUUAGGAAUAACAUAUGAGGGCUUUAGCUAUGAAGCAUAUAAAUUGUGA